AUGUCCGGGCGUGGGAAAGGCGGUAAAGUUAAGAGCGGCAAAGUUAAGUCGCGUUCUAACAGGGCGGGAUUGCAAUUCCCAGUCGGUCGUAUUCAUCGUCUUUUGCGAAAGGGAAAUUAUGCAGAACGCGUUGGUGCCGGCGCGCCGGUUUAUUUGGCAGCCGUGAUGGAGUACCUGGCCGCUGAAGUUUUGGAAUUGGCUGGUAACGCUGCCCGGGACAACAAGAAAACAAGAAUUAUACCGCGUCAUUUGCAACUAGCCAUACGUAAUGACGAAGAACUGAACAAAUUACUUUCUGGAGUGACAAUAGCACAAGGUGGCGUGCUGCCGAACAUUCAAGCAGUAUUAUUACCGAAGAAGACUGAGAAAAAGGCUUAG